AUGAAGAUCUUGUGGUGGCUGCACUGGUCGUUCACGACCACAUUCGACGGCAGCUUCCUUGGUACAGGGGGUCAGUCCCUGGCCGUGCUGAACCGCAACAGGGAGAGAGGCCACGCCCUGCUCUAUGCUGAUUACUUUGCCAACACCCCGCUCUUCAAGCCGGAUAAAUUCCGUCGCCGUUUUCGAAUGGCAAGGCAUGUGUUCAAUCGUAUCCGAGAGGGAGUGGUUGCUCAUGACCCAUACUUCGAGUGCAAGACGGAUGCCCUUGGCAAGCUUGGAUUCUCCUCUUACCAGAAAUGCACCGCGGCCAUCCGCAUGCUCUUGCAUAUGGAAUUCCAGGCGAUCUGGUGGAUGAGUUCUCACAAUGAUAUCAACGUGCUGCAGCGUUCUCCAGUCUUCGCGAGGCUUGCAGAAGGCCACUCCCCACCUGUCAACUUUGAGAUCAACGGCCACCAGUACAACAAGGGAUACUAUCUAGCAGAUGGUAUAUAUCCUCAGUGGUCAACUUUUGUGAAGACAAUCUCGAAACCCCAAGAUGAGAAGAGAAAGAGAUUUGCCCAAAUGCAAGAGAGUGUUAGAAAGGAUGUGGAACGUGCUUUUGGUGUGCUUCAAUCCCGGUGGGGUAUCGUUCGAAACCCUGCACUGUCAUGGGAUGAACGGAAGCUUUGGGAGGUGAUGACUGCUUGUGUGAUCAUGCACAACAUGAUCGUCGAGGACGAGCGUGAUGAGAGUAUCUUCGACCAAGGAUUUGAUUAUCAAGGUGAAAAUAUUGAGCCCCUGCACCAAGACCCGGCCACAUUUGAACAGUUUGCCCAAUUCCAUCGUGAGAUGCGUGAUUGGCACACUCAUUUGAAUCUUCAAAAUGACUUGGUUGAGCACGUGUGGGAUCACAUUGGCAACCAAUAG